CCGCUCUCAGUGAGACGCGAAGUGGCCCCAUGCCGGGUCGGUCAGUCGCUCUGCGCGCUCGAUCCUUGCAACGUCAGCCGGCAAAUCUCUCAACUUCCCCCCCCCCCCAGCAAACUCCGCUGCUGUCAACGCAGGCGACGGACAAUCCCACGGGCUAAUUUUUUUGGGGGGGGGCCGUGGAAGAGGUUCCCAGCGGCGGCAUGUGCGCCGUCGAGUUUGCGCGGUCAGUGUUUAACGCGACGUCGUCGGCUGUGAUUCGAGUCGCGUCGUCCGGACGAUCAUGAAGGAGGAGUGGGGUGAAGGAAAUAUCUGAAGGGUUCGGCUCAGCGAGAGGAACCAAGUCUGGGCUCUGUCACCAAACCUGGCCACGAUCUCCGCGUUCCAAUCAGGGGCUGGCGCGUUACCGUCACUUCGACUUUUAUAAUUAAAAAAAAAUCUUCAUCAAUUCAUCCUCAUUAAUUCAGCAGCAGCAGUGCAACUUGUCGGCGUUAGUUUGAAUUAACACCCGAGUGUUGACGUCAAACAACGAAGGCAUCAUCAGAAGGCAUCAUCAGAAGGCAUCAAUCUACCAACAACUGCAGCAGCUCCUGAAGCAGGGUCAAGGAGGUGCAGCAGUGCCAUUGUUGAUCAGCAGCAAGGGAAGCUUUUAGAGACAUCAUUGGUCUCUGGCAAAGACACCCAUGCCACCUUACUCCGACUACAAGCUUCUGACCGAAACAGAAGCACCCCCCGUGCCACCACGGCGGAGUCGUGGGUUAGGCUCACGAUCUGGUGGUGCUGGUGGUGGUGCUAGUGGUGGUGCUGGUGGUGCUGGUGGUGCUGGUGGUGCUGGUGGUGCUGGUGGUGCUGCUGGUGCAGUGACAGGACCAGCAGCAGGGCUUCAGCAUGGUGGAGCAGGAGGUGGAGGUGGUGGUGGUGCAGGACACCAGGGCAUCACGGUGGCAUCAGCCUCGACAAGUCCUGGCGGAGGGGAGAGGCGAGUUAAGUGCGUCCUGGUUGGAGACGGGGCCGUCGGAAAGACCAGUCUGGUCAUCAGCUACACCACGAACGGGUAUCCAACCGACUACGUGCCCACCGCCUUUGACAACUUCUCCGCUGUCGUAGCCGUGGACGGGAAGCCGGUGAGACUUCAGCUGUGCGACACUGCAGGCCAGGACGAGUUCGACCGCUUGAGGCCGCUCUGCUACCCGCACACGGACGUCUUCCUCCUCUGCUUCAGCGUCGUCUGCCCGGCGUCCUUUGCCAACGCGGCCGAGGUGUGGGUGCCUGAGAUCCGGCGGCACGCGCCUCGUGCCCCCAUCCUGCUCGUGGGGACCCAGUGCGACCUCCGUGACCGCGUUCAGGUGCUCAUCGGGCUGGCGAAACGCGGCGAGAGACCCGUGACGGAAGCGGAGGCGCGGCGCCUGGCGGAGCAGACGGGCGCGCGGGCCUACCUGGAGUGCUCGGCGCUCACGCAGAAGAAUCUGAAGGAGGUGUUCGACGCCGCGAUCCUCUCCGCGCUGGGACGCGCGCCCGACGCCGGCGGCAGGUGGCCCAGGCUGCAGUGGCGCGGAGACCCGGGGAGCGACGGCCGCCGCAAGAGAGCGAGGACGCUGGCGCCCGCUUGCCUGCGCAGCCUGUCCAAGGCUUGGUGGAAGAAGUACUCCUGCUUCGGAUGACGACGAUGAUGAUGAUGGAGGGCCGGGUGCUGCUGCUGCAGCGGCGUCGCGAAGGAUUCGGAGGAAAGUUCGAGCGCAAAACAAAGGAAAGAAACUCUCAUCGAAAUGCCUUUUCGCCUCUUUUUUUACAACACGUUCUUAUUGCACAAGAAUUGAAUUCGGUCUAAGGUGACGUGAUGGUGAGGCGACGCGCGUUUAAUUUAAGUGUUCCGGUUUUAUAAUUGCGUUGAAGCGAGCGCUAAAACGUAUGGAAGGGUAUUGUACAAAAAAAUGUUAAGUUGCUGUUUUAGUGUUGAGAGGUUUUUCUCGGCUUUACCUGUCAAGGGUCAUCACUGGUUGGUGGCCAAACGGGGAGGUUAAAGAAGUGAUCUUCUUUCCACAGUAUAAAAAGCCUUAUGAAGACAAUGAAUAUAUGUGUAUAUACAGUAUAUUGUAUAUGGACUGUCGGUGUUCGAUCACCUGACUUGUACUGACUUCACUAACUGACUCGACGAGAGAGAACAGACUUGGGUGUAUCUGUAACUCUCUUCAUUAAGCUCGUUUAACUUUAGCAAAUGGGAAACUAAACGUACAACUUCCACGAAAUACUUAAUCCCGACCCGUUGUUUUGUUUCUGUUUAAACUGCAAUAUUACCUGAAAUAAUAUUCAAAACACCGCUUGCUUUUUCAGGCGAAACAUAUUUAACUUUAAUUUGUCGCUAACACACGGGCGCGCGUGAUGCGCGUGUAUUUGAAAAUGCUUUAUCAGUAGUUUACACGCGAUAGCGAGACUCGCGUGAAGAAAGCUAAUGCAAGUCGACUACAAUAACGACCUGUGUCUUGUGCUAAGACACGCACCUAUGUUAUCAUUAUGCCUCAUUGUACCUGCCACUUACUCCUACAGUGUUACGACUUUCUGUACGUCCUUGCGCAUGUGCCUGUUUUUUAUGAUUUCCCCCCUCCCGUUGCUGAUUUCUGGAUGUGGGAACAAACCUUUCGACGGACUGUGAAAUCUCUGCACUUUCAUUUCUCGGGGGGGUGGGGGGUAUGGAGGAGGAGGCGUUCAUCCCCUUUUCGCUAAUUUAGCUUUUGAUUUUGACGUCGCCUCCAAGUUGCCGCUUCUUUUAAUGAAGCCGGACACGAAACAGUAACACUGCACCGUGCACGCGCACACACUACACCGUGCACACACACACUGCACCGUGCACACACACACUACACCGUGCACGCACACACACACACAUUACACCGUGCACACACACACACACUGCACCGUGCACACACAAACACUACACCGUGCACACACACACACUGCACCGUGCACACACACUACACCACACACACACUGCACCGUGCACACACACACUACACCGUGCACACACACUACACCAUGCACACACACUGAACCGUGCACACACACUGCACCGUGCACAUACACACACUACACCGUGCACACACACACUGCACCGUGCACACACACACAUUGAUCCACUCUUCACCCACGUGCCCCCUGACCCUGCCGUGUGCAUGGUUCUAUCAACCUGCGUCAUUUCAGGGUGUGGGCGGGGGCGGAUUUUAACAUAUUGCUCAUUAUUGCCGAUGUGCAUACGUAUGUUGAUUACCAUUGAAUACAUCUGUAAAAGAAUUUAACUUUAUUAAAAACUUCCAAAUGAAAUGCUGCUCCCUUUCGUGUUUUAAAAUUGUCACGAACCGAAACAAAAACGGGCGCUUUCAUUCAACCGGGAGCGAGUUUGGCUGCCGCCUGAUGAUGCCGGUUGUAAUUACUGGCGAAACGUCGUACUCGGAUCGUAAAAUGUCGUGGAUUUGCUCGCCAACAUACCGGGUGUGGUGUACUGGUAAUGAAUUGGCACGUUCUGUUUACGUGACAAACCUUACUCAUUGGCUGUGUCGGGUGGUGGCGGGCGUAACGACGCAAACCAACCCAAAAGUAAAAGUCUGUAAAAUGGAUAUUGGUCGCGAAAGCCUCCCAGUUAAGCAGAGAGAGUGAAAGAAAUAAAGUCGCUGCUAAAUUCCAAGUUCACGGAGAGGCAUGUUAAUUUCUCUUCCUCGUCGUUCCACGGGCCUCUUGUUAUUUGUUCGCCAGAUGCCCCUUCGCCUCCCCCACCACCCCCUGUCUCCACUGUAGCAAUGGAAGUCGCUGAAGUUUUCUCGCAUCUCCCAGAUAUUUCCAUUGUGACUCAAUUUUUCACGCCUGUCGC